UCAAGCUCAAGCUGUUGAAAUCGUAAAUGCCUCUCUCCGCCGAUCUUUAUCACCCAGAGCAACCAGACAGACACCGACGCCAUUGCAGUGCACAGGAGAACCCUACCCUGGGUGAAGCUACAUCAAUAGAGCAUGCUACGUAGGAAUAUACCUUCUCUUCAACAAAACAACAGACUCCACUGAACUGAGAGUCUGUUUUUCCAUUCAAUUCUCCCCAGAAUUAUUCUAUUUUCUCAUUCUAGGACAGCAUUGCUCCUCUCCUCAGCGACUACCCUCGAAGCAGACACUCCCACAACACACCAGGACACCCCAGUCUGACCAAACAAAAGUUGUGGAAACCUAUCAACUUUGGAGAGAAGCCUAUCUUUACGGCCGGAUAUUUUCGGUGGCCUUCCAGUGCAGAGAGAGAGUGACAUUUGGGGAGAGAAAGAGGGGAUUUGGGGAUUUUUCUCUCUUCUGGUGGGUCUGUGAAAGUCUGUCAAGACGCCGCGUGCCGUGCUCCGCGUGAAGAAUGCCCAGGCGAGGAUGGCCAAGCCGGCUGAGCCAGCGCCAACACCUGGGCUCUACAUGGAGCGCUCGCAGAGUCGGAUCAGCCUGUCGGCCUCCUUCGAGGCUCUGGCCAUCUACUUCCCCUGUAUGAACUCUUUUGAUGAGGACGAUGUCGAUGCUGAGGGUAGAAGGCUAAAGGGGAUCCAAAGGAGCACUGAGACGGGACUGGCUGUAGAGAUGCCCAGCCGCACUGUACGCCAAGCCAGCCACGAGUCCAUUGAAGACAGCAUGAACAGCUACGGCUCAGAGGGCAAUCUAAAUUACAGUGGGAUGUGCCUUGCCUCUGACACCCAAUUCAGUGACUUCCUAGAUGGGAUGGGCCCUGCACAGUUUGUUGGGCGACAGACAUUAGCCACAACAUCAUUGGGUGAUGUUGAAAUAGGCCUGCUGGAGAGAAAUGGUGGUUUGGAGGUGGAGAUUGUGCAGGCCAGAGGACUCACACAGAAACCUGGAUCCAAAGGACCUCCAGCGGCUUACAUUAAAGUGUACCUACUUGAAAAGGGGAUCUGUGUUGCAAAAAAGAAGACAAAGUCGGUUAGGAAAUCCCUGGACCCUCUGUAUAACCAAGUGCUGGUGUUCUCGGAGAGUCCACAGGCGAAAGUCGUUCAGGUGAUUGUUUGGGGAAACUACGGACGCAUGGAUCGUAAAUGCUUCAUGGGUGUCGCCCGCAUCUUAUUGGAGGAGCUGGAUUUGACAAGCAUGGUGAUUGGCUGGUACAAGCUUUUCCCCACCUCGUCCAUGGUGGACCCCACGAUGGCACCAUUGAUCCGGCACUCUUCCCAACUGUCCUUGGAGAGCACCGUGGGCCCAUCCUUUGAGCGCUCUUAAGAACUUUGCUAACAGGCUCUUUUUUGAACACACCCUUCCCUUUGUGUGCCCCCCAAAAGAAAUGCACUACCCCUUCAGAGGGACAUAUAUUGACCUUAGUGUACUGCUCUGAGAUGGUUAGUGACACUGGCCUUGCACUGUUUUUCAGAAAUAAUUUAUUUUAAACAGCAGAAGAAGGGGGCACCAAAGUUCUAGAAAGACUUUGAGAAUAGGAGUUCCUUAUUCUUACUCUUGACUUAGGCUGUUUUUUUACAUGGCCCCAGAUAAUAUGUCAAUGCGUGUCAUGGGAGCAAGAGAGAGGUUUGCAACCCUCAUUCUGGGGAUGUUUCAUUCCUGUGUUCUGGUGGCAGCCAUUGGGUUUGAAGCUGAAGGUUGCAACACAGAGGGGAAUGUGCAAUAUCAUGGUUAUAAUGUAGCUGGUACAGAAGCAAAUAAGCCAACACAAGUUCUAGAAAUCUACCACCAAGGAAAGCAGAUUCUCUCUACAAUUAAAUAAGCCAAGCUGAGAAUUCAAAUUUA